AUGCAGGUUUCGUUGCAAAGUCGCAUCAGGAGGUUUAGGCAGGGGUCCCUUCGUAAGCUUGGGGAUCUUUACUUGGUCCUUGUACCGCUUGCUUUGAACUCCACUGGGAUCCGAUUUGACUUCUGUCCAUGGCAUCAGACUUCGCCGAUCCACACUGUGCCUAUUGGUGGGGCGUCAGUUGUUCCACAAGGCUUUAAUUCACAAAGUCGAAUCAUAUCUGAUCCUACGGAUAAUACAUCUGAGUAUUACCUGCAUGUGGAAAUAUCUGACGCCCUUAGUAACAAGGAUUUUGUCUCCUUCACAGUUCGCACAAAGACCAAUUUACCCGAAUUUAAGCAGCAAAAGAUGCAGGUGAAUCGCAUUCACGACGACUUUAUGUGGCUUCAUGACCAGCUAGAGGAAAAUGAAGCAUUUGCUGGCUUCAUAGUGCCUCCAGCUCCUCCACGACCUGAUUUCGACUCCUCCAGAGCAAAACUCCAACGUCUCGGCAAAAGCGAAGGCACUAUGACAAAGCAAGAUAUGCAGAAACUGAAAGCAGAGCUCGAGGCAGAAUAUCUAGCCAAUUUCAAGAAAACAGUCGCCAUGCACCAGGUCUUUCUUCAGCGAAUAGCUAAUCACCCUGUUCUUCGAAACGACUAUGGUUUCCGGGUAUUUCUGGAGUACGAGCAGGAACUCAGCGUGCGUACCAAAAAUGCCAAGGAAAAGGCGGUAGGCUUUCUCAAGUCGGUUACAAAAACGGCGGACGAGAAUUUGUUACUGUCUAACCAGAGGGAGGAUGAUCCCUUUUUCAGAGAGGAGAAGUCAUAUCUUGUUCGUUACUACAAUGCUGUGCACGACGCUUACAAUUCCACCGAUGCGAUGUGCCGAAAUCGUCGGCUUGUGGGUGAGAGUGUCCUCCGUCUGGAGCUGCUGCUGCAGGACCUUGCUACCACUCCACCCAUUAAUUUCAAGUCCGCUGAGUCCUUGCUCACAUCAAAACUAUGCAAUUUCUUCGGUGCCUUCUAUCCACUGCAGAUGCGCGUGACGGCGGAUGAGGAUUUGAAGCUGACCGACACACUGGCCUACUACAGCGCUGAGUCGGCAGCGGCGAGGGAUCUGCUCUAUCGACGGAGUCGCGCACUGGCGGACUAUGCAGCGGCGAAUCGGGCGCUGGACCGCGCGCGUGCCAAACAACGCGAUAUCACUGCCGCUGACGAACAGCAGGCUGCCGCGCACAAACGCUUCACUGACAUCUCGCAAAUGGCGCGCCGUGAAAUCGAAGACUUCAAGGUGCGAAGGAUAAAGUACUUCCAAGAGAACCUCGUAGCCCUCGCUGAACUGCAAAUUAAGCACGCCAAGGCUUGCAUAGCGCUUCUGCAGAGUACUCUAGCGGCAAUCAAGCCAAUCACCUACACCACCACCGCCGCUGCCGCCUCCGCCACUACCACUGCUACCGGUGCGGUCACUGAGAUUAUUGCGAAAUCCUCCCAUGACGUGCCUGUCCUCAGCGACCCUGACAACCUCCCCUGA